AAGCAGAAAGAUUUGUGAAAAAUCUCGAGAAAAAUGAAUGAAUCUGCGUACACUACUUGUACAGUGAUUCUAGAUCCAUAGUGAACAUUGUAAACAAUCCGUAGAGUACAGUACAAAAAUACAUAAAGUUUAGAGUUCAGGAUAUUCCAAAAAGUUAUAAAAUUAUCAACCGCGAAGAGAAUAAACCUUUUAAGGAUAUGACGCGUGAGACAAAUACGCGGCCCACACACACAAGAAUGCGCGAGUACAAGAUAGUCGUGCUGGGUAGUGGAGGGGUAGGCAAAUCAGCUCUUACAGUACAGUUUGUUCAGGAGCAAUUUACCGCUAUGCGGGACCUGUACAUGAAGAAUGGACAGGGUUUUGUACUGGUGUACAGUAUAACAGCACAAUCAACAUUUAACGAUCUUCAAGAUCUUAGGGAACAGAUCCUUAGAGUCAAGGAUACUGACGAUGUCCCUCUAGUCCUGGUUGGGAACAAAUGUGAUCUUGAAGAUGAACGAGUUGUUGGGAAGGAUCAGGGAAUGAACCUGGCCAGAUCCUUCAGUAACUGUAGAUUUAUGGAAACCUCUGCUAAAGCUAAGAUUGGAGUUCAGGAUAUUUUCUUUGACCUCGUGAGGCAAAUCAAUAAGAGCACUCCGCUGAAAAAACCGCGAAAAUCUAAACGCAGCAAAUGUGGGUGUACUGUUCUUUAGGUUAAUACACUUUUAUUUUGCAUGCUAGCUUUAGUUUUAGUUUUAGUUUACAUAG